AUUUCAGACUGGGCACUUCCUUUCGCUGAUCUUGACUCAUAGCACUUGGAGUCUGUCCUUACGCACAAGUUUUGUGCCACGUUCUCCUGCUUGCAAUGGACAGACAAGUGACAUAUGCUGAUUUAAACUUAUCCAGGGGUCCUUGCCUGGAAAGCUCAUCACCCCCAUCUCUUCCUCAGGACAUCUGUCAAGGUCCACCUUGGCAUCAGUUUGCUCUGAAACUUGGUUGUACUGGGGUUAUUCUUCUCACCUUGACUGUGAUUGGGUUGAGUGUUUCAGUAAUAUUCUUAAGGCAAAACUUAUCAAUAGAAGAAAGCGGUGUGGAUGUUCAAGAGAACAGGAAUGAAACAACAGAGAAACCAGAUCUGUUAAAGUGCCCAAAAGAUUGGCGUCUACUCCGAGAAAAAUGUUUGUUUUUUUCUCUUGCUUCCAACACUUGGAACUACAGUCUAGCUGACUGUUCCACAAAAGAAUCCAGUUUGCUGCUUUUUCAAGAUCCAGAAGAAUUGAGACACGUACAAAGCCUGAUACUUAAAAAAGAAUUUCUGUUUUGGAUUGGAUUAAAUUUAACAUUAUCAGAGAAGAAAUGGAAGUGGAUAAAUGGGUCAUUUUUAAAUCCAAACGUAUUACGUAUUGUUGGUUAUACUAAGAAAAACAGCUGUGUUUACGUCUCACCGACAGGAAUUUUUUCUGAGGACUGUGACACAGACAAUAAAUGGAUCUGCCAGAAAGAACUACAACCUGUCAGAAAUAAGGCGUGUUCUGGCUCUUGACUAUGCAUUCCCUCUCAAUUUCUCUACUUUCCAUCACAGGUCUCCGCAUCUAUACAGCUAACCUGGCCCGAUGUAUAUCUAGAAGCACAAAGUGAACCAAUACUGACUCUUCUAAAACUGUCGUGAAUCUUACAGAAGUUCACGGCUAACCUACUCAUUGUAUGAAUGAGGAAGCAAAUACAUAGGGAAACCAAGUAUCAUUUUAAGAUACAGUGACGUUCCAUGGAGAGAAGCCCAGACCAGCUGACUGGUUUCCAGUCUUGGCCUAUACAUGUGGCCUUCCUUGAUCCCCUCUAUGCUUUAGCUCACCUCUAGAAAAGUUACAGUAAAAGAUUUCUAAAGUCCUGUGGA